AUGGGCGGAAUCUUAUUUUCCAGUGAUCAAGCAGUACUUGUGAGGGCACAGGGAGGAUGCCAAGGAGAUCUUGCCGGACUAAAGAGAGAAUGCAUGCAAUUUGUUCAGAAGAUUGGGCCACAGACGGAUCCAUCACAGAGCUGUUGUGAUGUUGUGAAGAAGGUGAAUGUUACUUGUGUUUGUGCUACAAUCCCUGCCCCGUUGCAGCAGAUGAUGAGUAGCCUGAAGGUGGCCCAUGUUGCACAGUUUUGUGGCAACCCUAUUCCUCCUGGAGUUAUAUGUGGAAGUAAGUUAGACUGUCUUCUUCAAUCAAAAUUGAUCGGAUAUCUUAGCUGCAGAGCUGAAUCUGCUGUCCUAACCUCCAAUUCCAACACCAGUACAAGCUCCAUCUCCACCUACUCUGCCCACAAACCCAAGAAGAAGAAUUACAGAGAAGAACCCCUCAACAUCCAACAAUUCGAGUACAGUGACCUUGUAGAAGCCACCAAUGGUUUCUCAGCGCAGAAACUAUUGGGUAGAGGCAGCCAUGGUUGCGCUUAUAAGGGCGUCCUUCGCAGCGGCCGUCUUGUCGCCGUCAAGAAAUCCUCCAGAGGCGGCGGCGGCGUCAUUUCUCAUGCUGCAUCCUCUGCCAACAGCAACAACAACAGCAACGAAGUGGACAACGAGAUUGAUAUUCUCUCCAAAGUUCACGGUCCUCGACUCGUGAACUUAUUGGGCUUCACGAACGAUUCAAGAGAUCGUCUUCUUGUUGUCGAAUUCAUGAAUAAUGGAACCCUUUACGAAGUUCUUCACAACAGUUCUCGACCCCCCAAUUGGGGUCGAAGAAUCAGACUAGCCCUUCAGACUGCUGAGGCUAUUGAUACUCUUCACUCCUCCAUUCCUCCUGUAAUUCACAAAGACAUCAAGUCUGCAAAUGUGUUGAUUGAUCGGAAUUUCAAUGCGAGAUUGGGAGAUUUCGGGCUUGCGUUGCGUUGCCACGUUGACAAUUUCCGGCUCCGGUCAACGCCACCAGCGGAAGAUGAUGAUUUGAAGAUUGGGCCACAGACGGAUCCAUCACAGAGCUGUUGUGAUGUUAUGAAGAAGGUAAAUGUUACUUGUGUUUGUGAUCUAAUCCCUGCCCCAGUGCAGCUGAUCAUCAGUAGCCUGAAGGUGGCCCAUGUUGCACAGUUCUGUGGCAACCCUAUUCCUCCUGGAGUUAUAUGUGGAAGUUAG